AUGUCGGUGGAUGAUUUGGUCUAUGCGAAGGUUGGAAGGGUGGAAGAGUGUGGGAAGGGAUACACUCGCUCCUCCGACCUGAAGAGACACUGGCGAGUUCACACCGGGGAGAGGCCGUUCAUCUGCUCGGAGUGCGGACAGGGAUUCAUUCAGUCUUCUGCGUUGAUGGCACACAAGCGGGUUCACACCGGGGAGAGGCCCUUCAUCUGCUUCAAGUGUGGGAAGGAAUUCAGUCAGUCAUCCAGCCUCCUAAUCCAUGAGCGAAUUCACACCGGGGAAUGGCCUUUCACCUGCUCGGAGUGCGGGAAGGGAUUCAGUGUUUCGUCCAGACUGCUGGCGCACCAGCAACUUCACACUGGGGAGAGGCCGUUCACUUGCUCUGAGUGUGGGAAGGGAUUCACUCAGUCGGUCAGACUGUUAAUCCACCAGCGCAUCCACACCGGGGAGCGACCAUUCCCCUGUACCGUAUGUGGGAAAGCUUUCCGGGAUUCAUCUGCUGUGCUGAAACACCAGCGAAUUCACACCGGGGAGAAGCCAUUCACCUGCUCUGUGUGUGGGAGGGGAUUUAUCCAGUCAUACAAGCUGCGGCGACACCAGAGAGUUCAUCACCAAUCAGAGAACCCCUAUUGUAAAAAUACGGAAGUUAUUGCUGCUGCUGCAAUAAGCUUCCUCCAGGAGACACCAUCAGGGGGUUCUGUGUGUGUGGGCACUUCAGGCUUCAGUUCAUCAUCCAACCUGGAGGGACACAAGGACAACAGCACCGUGGAGAAGCCAUGGCAGUGUGGGGACUGUGGGAAACGGUACAGGUAUCCAUCUGACCUGGAAAUUCAUCGACGCACUCACACUGGGGAGAGGCCUUUCACCUGCACAGACUGUGGGAAGCGUUUCACUCAUUUCUCCGACCUGCAGAGACACCGGAGAGUUCACACCGGGGAGAGGCCGUUCACUUGCUCCGAUUGUGGGAAGGGAUUCACUCAGUCUUCUUUGCUGGUGGCGCACAAGCGGGUUCACACCGGGGAGAGGCCCUUCAUCUGCUUCAAGUGUGGGAAGGGGUUCAGUCGGUCAUCCAGCCUCCUAAACCAUGAGCGAAUUCACACCGGGGAAUGGCCUUUCACCUGUUCCGAGUGCGGGAAGGGAUUCAGUGCUUCGUCCAGGCUGCUGGCGCACCAGCACGUUCACACCGGGGAGAGGCCGUUCACCUGCUCCGAGUGUGGGAAGGGAUUCACUGAGUCAUUCCACCUGCUGUCACAUCAGCGAGUGCACACCGGGGAGAGGCCGUUCACCUGCUCAGACUGUGGGAAGGGAUUCGUGCACUCCUCUUCCCUACUGGCACACAAGCUAGUACACACCGGGGAGAAGCCAUUCACCUGCUUUGGGUGUGAUAAGCGAUUCAGUCGGUUAUCCUGCCUUCGAAAACAUGAGCGAAUUCACACCGGGGAGAGGCCAUUCACCUGCUCUGAAUGCGGGAAGGGAUUUGCUCACUCUGCUUCGCUACUGUCACAUCAGAGAGUUCACACCGGGGAGCGGCCAUUCACCUGCUCUGCGUGUGGGAAGCGAUUCAGUCGGUUAUGCAGCCUUCAGCAACACGAGCAAACCCACACUGGGCAAUGGCCGUUCACCUGCUCGGAUUGCGGGAAGGGAUGCAGUACGUUAUCCAGGCUGCUGACACACCAACGGGUUCAUACCGGGGAGAGGCCCUUCUCUUGCUCCGAGUGUGGAGAAACCUUCAGUGAUCCCUGCAGCAUGCGGAGACACCGGCGGGUGCACACCCGGGAGAGGCCGUUCACCUGCUCUGAGUGUGGGAAGGGAUUUGCUCACUCCUGUAGCCUCAGGAAACACCAGCAACUUCACACCGGGGAGAGGCAGUUCACUUGCUCUGAGUGUGGGAAGGGAUUCACUCAGUCGGUCAGACUGUUAAUCCACCAGCGCAUCCACACCGGGGAGCGACCAUUCCCCUGUACCGUAUGUGGGAAAGCUUUCCGGGAUUCAUCUGCUGUGCUGAAACACCAGCGAAUUCACACCGGGGAGAAGCCUUUCACCUGCUCUGUGUGUGGGAGGGGAUUUAUCCAGUCAUGCAAGCUGCGGAGACACCAGAAAGUUCAUCAGUGAAGACAACAAUUGGACUCUGCUAUUCUUGCUGCUGAGAAUCACAUCCAGGACUGAACCGUGUUCAUUUGGACAGUGGGUGAAGUGGGAGGGUCAGUGUGAUUUUUAAAAAAAAUUUCACUGGGGCUGAUGCUCUCUCAGCCUGGGAGUGCACGUUUCCUCUAAAAUGAUCCCCAGAAGCUGAUGAGCAACAUUUACUUUAUCCUGGUUAGGAAACAGAGUGUGCCUCCCACUGCAGGUAGAUCAGAAGUCAACCCAGUUAGACCAUGACAUCUGGGAGCAGGGGUACACCAAUCAGCCCAUUGAGCCAAUUCCACCAUUAAAUACCAUCGAGGCUGAUCGCAUCCCAGCUUCAACUCCCCUUUCCAUAACCCUUCAACCCUAUACUGAUUAAACAUCAGUCUAUCUCCUCCUUAAAUGUACACCAUGUUCUAUCAUCCAGACCAGUCUGGGGAGUGAAAGUCAAGAAAUAAUGACCUAUUGAGGGAAGUAAUUUCUCCACAUCUGUUUGAAAUCUGCUACUCCUUAUCCAAUGACCUGUCAUUCCAAAUUUCCCCACAAGGUUAAAUAUCCUUCCCAUGCUGAGUAAACGGCUAAAGAUGAUGAGUCAACGGAUGUAUUCUUAUUUGCCAGCAUUUGACCCAUAUUCCUCUAAACCUUUCCAAUCUACAUAUCUGUCCUGAUGUCUUUUAAAUGGUCUAAUUGUAUCCAUCUCUACCACUGUCUUCAUUGGUCCGUCCUUUGAAUACAGGAGUUGAGAAGUUAUGUUGAGGUUGUACAGGGCAUUGGUGAGGCUUCGUCUGGAGUACUGUGUCCAGUUCUGGUCGCCUGGUGUUUGGAAGGAUUUUGUCAAGCUGGAGAUGGGUUCAGAAGAGAUUUACCAGGAUGUUGUUUGAUUUUGAAUUUAUGAGUUACAAAGGGUGGCUGGACAGGCUGGAACUUUUUUCACUGGAGUGUACAAAUGCUUGAGCUUUUCAAGGUUACUCUCAGAUAACCUCCUUCCUCUUAAACUAUACCAGCAAAUUUGGUGUCAUCUGCAAACUUUAUAACCAACUAGUCCCAUCCAAAUAAUUUAUAUGCAUGUUGAAAUACAGUGGAUCUAGAACCGAACCAUGCGGCACACCGCUGGUCACAGGCCUUUAAUCUGAGUCGAAAAGUGCGGCGCUGGAAAAGCACAGCAGGUCCGGCAGCCUCUGAGGAGCAGGAGAGCAGACGUUUCGGGCAUAA